AACUGGAAAGUAUCCAAUUGUCCUGCAUGUGGCGAUGCAAUUUCGGUAGCCACUCGGACAUGACUUUUAUUUUAAUCACAAUGAAACUACAAAACCUUUUACCGCAUUAACAGCACACCUUCGUCAAUGGCCCUGAUUGUCCGAACAACAAUUGAGAUUAAAAUCAGUGUUUAAACGGAUAAUGUGACGGUAUAAAGAGUCGAUGGUAUUCUACAUGUAACAACGAUGGCAAAACCGUCUAGUAAAGCUUUUCAAAGUGAAACAAUGUCCGAAAAUAAUCGUCACGUUAAACGACCUAUGAACGCCUUUAUGGUAUGGUCCAGGAUUAGAAGAAGGCAUAUUUCGGUUAAUCAUCCUCGACUUCACAAUUCAGAGAUAUCGAAAUUAUUGGGAACAGAAUGGAAAUUGCUAUCGGAAAGUGAAAAGAAACCGUUUAUCGAUGAAGCCAAGCGAUUAAGAAAUCAGCAUAUGAUAGACAAUCCGGAAUAUAAGUACAAGCCGAGAAGAAAAGCUAAAUCGGAGAAAUUUAAAAUGGCUUCAAAGGGAGGAUUCCCAGCAGCUCUUAUGCAUGGUUAUGAUCAUAUACAACAAGCUUUACAUCAGGCGUUCUAUGAUAAAACUGUAUAUGAAAUAGAUAAAAAGCCACCUAUGAUACCAUCAGUUUCAACAUAUAAUCUUACAAGGGCAAAUGAUCCAGAACAUGACGUAUCUCUAAAAUAUCCUCGCAUACCUUAUCCACCGCAAUUUUUAUUAAAAGAUCGAGAAACUGUACAAACGGUCAUAAACUAUAAAAAUAGUAAACCGUCAAUAGGUCUGCCGCUACUUCCUAGUAACAAUUUGAGAACGAUUGAACAGGAUACUAUAUUACCACCAUUGAUUGAUUACUGCACUAGAUCACUGGGCGAAUUAAACAAGAGUACUCUACCGUCUUACUCAACAUUAGCACGCAGUAUUCAUCAACAAGAUUAUUCCUUGUCAAAUUUUCACAUAAUUACACCACCACCGGUAGAAAGACAUAAUGUAAUGGAUAUUUCUAAUCGAUUUACAUAAUUAUAGUGUAAAAUAAGCAAGCUUCACAAAUGUAUUACAAGUAUUACA